UUCUAGAUAGAUCUGCCUUGACAUAUUACUCUAUGUGUUUAGCGGAAAUUACCCUAUGGACAUUUAAUUAACAUUUAAUACAUAGUGAAUGAUAGUGACAGUGUAACUUAACUUAGAUUUAGAAUGAGAUCUAGACUAGAUCUAGAAAUCUAGAGCCUCUAGAGUUCUUACACGGCUGUGUAAACAAAAUGUUGUGAAAAAGAGUGCAAGAACUCUAGAACAAAAGGAAUUCUAAACAUUUUCUGAGAAUGCGACUGACAAUUUUUAGAUUCCGUGCCAUCACUUCUGUUGCUUCAGCCAAUAUUCUCAAGUUUGAGAAGUAUGCAAGCUUUAACCCGUCGCCAUUGUCACUGAAGAAACUAUUGGAAUUUGGACGUACAGGGCAAAAGAAUGGCAGUAGUCAACAGUCCUACAUCUUCUUACAGAAGGAGCUGCCUGUACGUUUGGCCAACAUCAUGAAAGAAAUUAACUUGUUGCCAGAGAAUCUUCUCAAGAUGCCUAGUGUUCAACUUGUUAUCAGUUGGUAUCAACAGAGCUUUAAAGAACUCAUUGAGUUUGAAAAUAAAAGCAGUGAGGACCAGAAAAUUAUUGAAAGUUUUACUUCUACUCUAGUCAAUAUACGUAACAGACAUACUAAUGUAGUAGAAACUAUGGCUCAGGGUGUUCUGGAAAUGAAGGAAGCUUACGGCAUUGACACAAAUUCUGAAAACAGGAUUCAAUACUUUCUGGAUCGUUUCUACAUGUCAAGAAUUAGCAUUAGGAUGUUGAUUAAUCAACACACUCUUCUGUUUGGUAAAAGAGAAAAAAAUAAUGACCCUAGACAUAUAGGAUGUAUAGAUCCUAACUGUAAUGUCUUGGCUGUUGUUCAAGAUGCUUAUGAGAAUGCCAGAUUUUUAUGUGAGCAAUACUAUUUGGCAGCUCCUGACAUGAUGGUAAAAACACAUAACAAUUCAGUUUCUGAGUGUGAAACUGAUCCAAUCCAAAUAGCAUAUGUUCCAUCACAUUUGUACCAUAUGUUGUUUGAGCUCUUUAAGAAUGCCAUGCGAGCUGUGACUGAGUAUCACAGUGAUGAAGGGCCUAUGCCUCUCAUUAAAGUCAUGAUCGUUAAAGGACAAGAGGAUGUUACAAUCAAGAUCUCUGACCAAGGUGGUGGCAUACCUCGCUCUAAGAUUGACCUUCUGUUUCAAUAUAUGUAUAGCACAGCACCACAGCCAGCAAGGUCAGACAUAGCUAGUGCUCCAUUGGCUGGCUAUGGCUAUGGUUUGCCACUAUCCCGAUUGUAUGCAAGAUAUUUCCAAGGUGAUAUAUUGUUAGCCUCUGCAGAAGGUUAUGGAACAGAUGCUUGUAUAUAUUUGAAGGUGUUGUCCAAUGAAGCAAAUGAAGUUUUACCAGUGUACAAUAAAACAGCUGAUAAAGUGUAUCACACAGACAUACCAGUAAAUGAUUGGUCCUCACCAUGGAGCACUAAUCAAAGAUCAUUUCAUUCUUACACCAAGUGAAUGUUUGAAACUACUGUUACAGUUAUAUAACAGUACUCAUUUUAUGUACAGCAUGUCUCAAAGUACUGUUAAAUGUAUAGAUGUUUUUAAGUAAUAUACUCAUAGCGGUAUUUGUUUAAAAGUACUGUUUAUGUAUAGAUUAUGUUUUACAGUAGAGUUACUUAUGGGGUGUCCUAAGAGGACUGGUUUCUAUUGGCUGCAUAAAACAUCUGUUGUAUUGACACUUGUUUCCUGUAAGUAUUAAGUAUGGGUAGAAAAUCUUUUCAUUGUCUUUCUUUGGAAUACUCUGAUAAACAAUGUUGUAAGAUAAUUAAAAAUGAAAUGUGGUGAGAGUACUUUUAAAAUUUCUUUUCAUUAUGCUUCAAGUCACAAUAGAAAUUGAGAGUACUCAAACACAAGGGGAUAUUUUAAUGAUUGAAUUUUUACAUUUGCUUAUAGAGGAUUGAAGUAGUUUGUUGCACUAUGUUUUUGGGUUUGUUUUUAUAUGUAACUUGUCAAUGAUAAAGGUGAGAUUACCAAAGAUUAUGAUGACGUAUUGAUAUUUGUAUUUGAAUAUUGUCUUAUUUGAGGAAUCUCGAAGUCUUUGUUGUUUAACUUAUCACUCAUUCAAUGUCAUCAAUGCAUGUGGGUUUAGAGCAUUGAAUUUUCUUUAUACUGAUUCCACUCAUUCAAUGUUCAUUUAAGUGUGGAAGGAUUCAAUUCAUGUGCCAUCAUCUAAUUGAUUGCAUUUACAUUGACAGUUCUCCUCAAAACUUUCCAAUAAUAUGAUUACAGUACAGCAGCACAUUAAACAGAACAGCAUCAGUAAAACUAAUACUAGAUGAUGUGAUCCUUAAUGAAAAGGAUUUGUGAAAGCUUUUUCAUGUAACACUUACUCAUGACUGACAGCAUCGUGACUGAAUGUGUAAACUAAACUAAUAUUAUGAUGUAAUUAUCAAGUAAAAUAAACAGAAGGAAUGUUCUCUGUGCAUACCAAAUGAACUGGUCAUUAAAUAAAUUAUUAAAAUUUG